AUGCCCGAUAAUGAAGAAGUAGAACAGCAGGCAGAGGCCUCGGCUGAGGCUACUGAGCAGGCCCCCCGGCGGCAGCGUCAAACCCGCGGACGCCGCGCGGCAGGAGCUACGGCAACGGCUGAACAGGAGCUUGCAGAAACCGCUGGAGCUCCAUACCCCAGGUUGCUGGAUAGUUAUCGGAAUGAAAUAGUGCCAGCAAUGAUGUCGGAGUUUGGGUUCACUAAUUCGAUGCGGGUACCGCGAAUUGAGAAGAUCGUGGUAAACAUAGGGCUGGGAGAAGCGCUUACCAACGGUCGAGCUAUGGAAGCCGCCACCCGCGAUUUGACCACUAUUUCCGGUCAGAAGCCUAUAAUCACUCGUGCCAGAAAAUCAAUUGCUGGUUUUAAGCUGCGGGCCGGUAACCCCAUAGGGACCUGCGUCACUCUCCGCGGUGCCCGCAUGUAUCAUUUCCUUGACCGGCUUAUCAAUACUGCCCUUCCCCGUAUUCGUGACUUUCGGGGCAUUUCCAGGCGGGGCUUCGAUGGUCGGGGCAACUUCUCCAUAGGCAUUCGUGAGCAGAUAAUCUUUCCCGAGAUAGAUUACAACCAGAUAGACCGUUUUCGUGGCCUGCAGGUAACUAUAAUCACCUCGGCCCAGAACGAUGCCGAAUCCAUACGAAUGCUGGAAAUGUUCGGCAUGCCCUUUGUGCGCGAGAGCCAAAGCUAA